AUGAUGCGCAAGACCCUCGUUGCGUCUCUCCUCGUCGCGUCCGCAAGAGCCGGUUGCACUGUGGAGAGCCCAAGCUGCUAUGUAGACACCGCAAAGCGGAUCCUGGGCCAUGACAACGUGGCGAUGGGCCCCAUCACGCCGCAGUACUGCGCGCAGCUGUGCGCAAACGGAAAGUUUGCCCUCGCCGGCACGGAAUUUGGGUCCGAAUGCUACUGCGGAGACAAACUGAACACAGGAACACCGCAUAUGUCCGUGAAUUGCAGCACGGCCUGCAAUGGAGACGGCAAGCAACAAUGUGGAGGCUUCUGGUCCAUCUCAGUCUUCGAUGUGAAGUGUUCCGGCGCACCCGAGCCGCCACCAAAAGGACCCCCAAAACUGGUGAACCCCUGCUUGGGGGACACGAAGUUUUCCAAGAUGCCCUUCUGCAACAGCUCUCUUGCCAUCGACGAGCGUGUCGCGGACGCUGUGAAGCGCAUGACUCUCCAAGAGAAAAUCGGGGCGCUUGGUACAGACACCCCUGCGAUCUCAUCUUUGGGCCUUCCACGGUAUAACUGGUGGUCGGAGGCUUCUAGUGGAGUUGCAGAUGCCGGGAAUCUGCAGACCACGAAGUUCCCCUACCCCAUUACCACGGGCAUGAGCUUCAAUCGAAGCCUCUGGACGAUGGUCGGCCGCCAGAUCGGCCGUGAAGCGCGAGCGGCGAUGAACGUGGGGCAAGCCUUCUCCAGCUUCUGGGCCCCGGUGAUCAACCUCGCACGGGAGCCGCGCUGGGGCCGCAAUAUCGAGACUCCCGGGGAAGACCCCUACCUUACCGGUGAGUACGCCGAGAACUUCGUCCGUGGCUUUCAGGAAGCACCCGAGGACCCUUACCACGUGCAGGCCUCGGCCUGCUGCAAGCACUAUGUUGCCAACGAGAUGGAGAGCACGACAGAGCCGGAUGGGGAGCACCAGGACCGGGAGCACGUAGACUCGGAGGUCUCCAUGCAGGACUUGGUCGACUCCUACAUGCGCCCGUUCCAAACCUGUGUGGAAAAGGGCCGUGUCACCUCUCUGAUGUGCAGUUACAACGCAGUGAAUGGAGUGCCUUCAUGUGCCAACGACUGGCUCUUACAGACGAUCGCCCGUGACAAUUGGGGCUUCGAUGGCUACAUCACCAGCGAUUGUGAUGCCGACGACGAUGUAUUCAGCAAGCAUCAUUACACCAAAACUGCGGAAGAGGCCGUCAAAGCAGUGCUCCAUGCUGGCACUGAUAUUGACUGUGUUUCGUUCGUGCCUCAGCAUGCGCAGUCCGCUCUGGACAAGAAACUCAUUUCCGAAGAAGACAUCGAUGCACGUUUGAAGAUGCUGUUCCGCGUCCGCAUGCGGCUGUCUCACUUCGAUCCAACGGGACCUCUUAACAGCAUCUCUGCCAGCGAAAUCUGCAGCGACUAUGCCCUGAAAUUAUCGCAGGAUGCAGUUCGCCAGAGCGCCGUCCUGAUUAAAAAUCUGCAGGGUACGCUCCCGCUGGACCGUGCGACCGUGGGUACUGUUGCAGUCAUCGGACCCAACACGAAUCUCUCCCAAAGCGAUGCCGGAUACUACGGCCCGAAGCAUCCGUGCGGAAAUCGCUUCUACACCCUUCUGGACGCUUUGAGCAGCGAGGGUCAGGUCAAGACGGUGAGUGCUCUCGGGGUGCCGAAUGUUCUGUCCGAAGAUCAGAGCGGCAUUCCAGCGGCAGUGGAGUUGGCGAAGCAUGCCGACACGGUGGUGUUGGCUGUGGGAACUGACCUCAGCUGGGCUGAAGAGGGCCACGAUGCAAAGAACAUCUCCUUUACCGCGGCCCAGCAGGCACUCAUCGAGAAGGUCGCAGAAGCAGCAAAGAAGCCAGUGACCCUGGUGACCAUGACUGCGACACCACUGGACUUGUCUGCAGUGUUGGCAAACCCAAAGAUCGGUGCGGUGCUGCAUCUGGGUCAGCCGAGUGUUGCUGUUUUGGGGAUCGCGCCGAUCCUGUAUGGUGAGAGCUCGCCUGCAGGACGGACCAUUCAAACCGUGUACAAGUCCUCCUACCAAGACCAGAUUUCAAUCUUCGACUUCGGCAUGCGCCCGGGUCCUUCCAAGUACGCGCGCCCCGACUGUACCGACCACAACGUGAGCCGAUGCCCAAAGGGAACCAACCCGGGGAGGACCUAUCGAUUCUACACUGGCCAAGCAGUUGUACCUUUUGGAUUCGGACUCUCUUACACCAGCUUUGCUUAUUCCAUCAUCAAGCAGCCCUCCACGAUUUCUCUAGAUGCUCUGCGAGGCUUACUGGGGAAGCUGAACGGUCCGGGGCAGACCUUUCCUCGCAAUGCAGACGUGGAGUCUGCGAUGAUGAGCAGCUCUUGGUCUCAGCUCGCAGAGUUUGUCGUCAAGGUCACGAACACGGGCAAAAGAGACUCGGACGAUGUCGUCCUCGGCUUCCUUACCCCACCCUCCGCCGGCAAAGACGGUGUUCCUCUGAAGAUCCUCUUCGGAUUUCAAAGGGUCCACAUCAAAGCGGGUGCCACUGCAACAGUCACGUUGUACCCGUCCAUGCUGGACUUCACGCGGGUCUCCCCGGCCGGACAUUUUAGUGUUUUGCCCGGGGAGUAUGGCGUCCACUUCGGGGUGGCUGAGACGCACGCCUUCGGCAUGGGCUACGUUGAGGGCCAACGCAUCCUGGGGGCAGAGUCUCCAGCCCGCUAUUUUGUCUAG